AUGGAACAACACGCGAAACAAGCCAAACGCCAGGCUAAGGACGCCACAGCAGAGGCCGAGCAACAGGCGGCCGAGAUGGCCAAGGAAUUGCGCGCAGAGGCGCGUGAAGUACGCGAGGAGGCCGAAAAGGCCCUGGAAGAGGCUCAGGAGCCCGACGGGCUGGCCAGCCAGGCGUGCAGCGCGCUACGCGCGCUGCGCGCGCAGCUGGUCGCUGCGGCGCGUGGUGCAGCUCGUCGCGGCGCGUACGCCGGGUCGUGGGUUGCCCACGAGCUUCAGAACCCGGUCGUUGCGGGCAACGUGGCGCUGGGCGCCGGUGCGGCCGUUUGGGUGCUUCGCGGGUAUGCGAAGCACCAGGCCCGGUAUCUGAAGGGCCGCUCGGACUCCGGCAUCAUCGCAGCAGUGGCAGGUGUUGCAGCGUUGCUUGCGACAGACGUGUACGUGAGCAGCAAGUACUACGCGCGGUUCGACAAAAGCGUCUCCAAGUAG